UUUGCCAGCACAUAUACUUGUUUGAUGCUGAGUUAUGUUCUGGAAUUAUUGAUUGCAACAAGUUACUGUCAGCAUUACACAGUAGAGCUGGUGGCGGAUUGUGUGCUGAAAUAGUGCAUGCUCCUAAUCUGCUGCUCAAAAGAUUGCCUAUAUCACUUCUUUAGUAAAUGAUGAAGGGUCUCAAGUUGAUCUCAAGCUAGCUAGAAAGGAAGUUCUCCUUCUGCUUUAACUUUUUUCUUUUCUUUUCUUUUUUGGCGAAGGAAAAAAGAAGUGUUGUACUUCUAUCAUAGUUCUUUUAAUAUUUAAGGCCCACUUUAGAAACAUAUAUGACCUACACUUCUGGAUAUACAUGUGUAUAUCCUUUGCAUGGACCUACCAAUAAAAUCCAGAUUCAGUUUCCACUUGUAAUUCUCCUGUGCUUUCAAUUUUUACUUGCUUAGCUGUAAAGCAAAACACAAUUCCAUUGAUAUCAUAUUUUAAUGGCCAAGAUCCAAGUUACUAACAAUUAUGCACUAAUAAUACAAACUGUUAAGCUAAUAAUACACCAUGUUGGCAUCUUAUAAAUUCUAUUCCAAAACUCUUUUAUAAGCAAAAUUAGGCCCUUUAAGCUUCAUGGCUGAGUUUGCAGAAUAUCAGCAGAGGUUUAGGCCUUCUCAGCCUUUGACAGAGAUGAUGGACAUGAACAUGGAAAUGCUCAAGCAUCUUCCAGAGAUGAAUCCAAGCAUCUUGGAGAGUUUCAGCAUCACUGACUUCUCAGCAGACUCUUUGUUGGCCCGCCAACAACCUGAAUUUACAGCAACAUAUGAUCACAACAACCUUUCAAGUACUUUCCAUCCUGACAUCUUGAGUACAGCAACAGUUGUUCAUACUGUUACCUUGAAUCAAAAUGAUUCCCAUGACAGCAAGAAGCGAAAAUCAAUGGAACAAUCAACCAGCAGCUACAUUUCUCCUACAGCCUCUACAAACGAAACAAAGAAAAAGAACAACCUAGGAGGAAGUAAGAAAGGUGAAAACAAAGAGAAAGAAGGGGACAAAGCAGAGGAAGUUAUUCAUGUUAGAGCUAAAAGAGGCCAAGCAACAGACAGUCACAGUAUAGCAGAAAGGGUAAGAAGAGAGAAAAUCAAUAACAAGUUAAGGUGCUUGCAAGAUCUUGUUCCUGGAUGCCACAGGUCAAUGGGGAUGGCAGUUAUGCUAGAGGAGAUAAUCAAUUAUGUACAUUCAUUGCAGAAUCAAGUUGAGUUUCUUUCCAUGGAGCUUGCAGCUGCAAGUAGUUCUAAUGACCUGAACAAUUUAACAGAAUCUUCAAAGAGGGCUCAGGGAACAGACUCAACUGAAGCACAGAAGACACAGAAAUGGUUGAGAGAAAGAUAUGGAGAAAUCACUUGCUUCCACUCUGCAUGGUCCAUUUGACUGCAUUUUUGGCAAUUACUCUUUGUCGCUAUAAAGCACAUGGAUAUGCUCCCUAGCUAUCAUCCUUUGCCAUAAAUCAAAUAUGUCUGUAUUUAUGUGGCAGACACGCUAAAGAUAUUUGCAUUACAUCACAGAAAAUGUCUAGAAAUAAAGUACAAAAAAAGAAGAUUAUAUUGCUAUUUACUUGUCCAAUUUGGGGGCUGAUUUUUCUUCUUAUUUUUUUUUAAUAUAUCAAAUUUGACUUUCUUUAGUGAUCUGUGGUGUGUAACAUCCUAUGUAUUGAUAUGCCCUGUCGGCAUGAGCAGUUAAGCAUCAAUUUGAUUCAGGAGGUUCUCUUGGCUUUA